UGUCAAGGACUGAUCGAGACAAGAAACGAGCGCUGCCACACACGAGUUUCCUUGUGUCUCCUUGCCAACUCGCACUCCAACUUCAAGUUGGAACUUCUUCCUUGGGCAACUUUUACCGCUCGUAACUAUGGCCGACAAGGUGGAGGACGUCAAAGCGUACCAUGACAGCGAGGACCCGCUGGCCAACGGCUCGACCCGCAGCGGCGGCGGCGGCUCGGCGGAGCCUCUCUCCCGGCGUGUGAUGCGGAUAGUCGAGGCCAACCUUCUGGUGAUCCUCACCGUAGCGGGCGUCAUCAUCGGCGUCUUCAUCGGUCUCGGCGUGCGUAACGUGGAGCUGUCCCGCACCCAAGUCAUCUACAUCGGCUUCCCCGGCGAGUUGCUCAUCCGCCUGCUCAAGAUGAUCAUCAUCCCCUUGGUGGUGUGCAGUCUGGUGACCGGGGCGGCCAGUAUCGACCCCAAAGCCCUGGGCAAGCUGGGCGGAUGGGCCAUGCUCUUCUUCCUGGUGACCACGUUGAUCGCCUCGACCAUCGGGGUGGUGAUGGCCUUAAUCAUCAAACCGGGCUCGGUGACGCUGACCAAACCUCAAGUGGCGGGUUUGGAUGACGGCGUGCCCGAACCCAAAGAGGUCAUCGACUCCUUUUUAGACUUGAUCAGAAACAUCUUUCCCUCCAACUUGGUGUCUGCUGCCUUUCAGUCUUACGCAACAAGCUACAAGCUGGUGAGCACAAAUGGCACAAAUGGAGUCCCCAACAUCACAGUGGAGAAGGUUCCCUUUGGAACCGACCAGGAUGGGAUGAAUAUUCUGGGCCUGGUGGUGUUCGCCAUCGUAUUCGGUGUGGCGUUGAGGAAGUUGGGGGAGGAAGGCGAGAUCUUGAUAAAGUUCUUCAACUCCUUCAAUGAAGCCACCAUGGUGUUGGUGUCUUGGAUUAUGUGGUAUGCCCCCUUUGGUAUUAUGUUCCUUGUUGCUGGAAAGAUUGUUGAGAUGGAGGAUGUCGGCACGCUUUUCGCAAGCCUGGGAAAAUAUAUAGCGUGCUGCAUUGUUGGGCACGCCAUCCACGGCCUCUUUGUGCUGCCUGCCAUCUACUUCAUCAUCACGAGGAAGAACCCGUACACCUUCCUGUGGGGAAUAUUCACAGCUCUGGCCACAGCCUUUGGAACGGCCUCCAGCUCUGCCACGCUCCCCCUGAUGAUGAAGUGCGUGGAGGAAAAUAACGGCAUCUCCAAGCAAAUCAGCCGCUUCAUCCUUCCCAUUGGUGCCACGGUCAACAUGGAUGGAGCCGCGUGCUUUCAGUGCGUGGCUGCCGUUUUCAUCGCUCAGCUGAACGACUAUUCCCUCAACUUCAUCCAAAUCAUUACCAUCCUCGUGACUGCCACGGCUUCAAGUGUUGGUGCAGCAGGAAUACCCGCUGGUGGGGUGUUGACCCUCGCUAUCAUCCUGGAAGCAGUCAGUUUGCCCACCAACGAUAUCUCCCUCAUCUUGGCAGUUGACUGGCUGGUUGACCGUACAUGCACAGUACUGAACGUUGAGGGCGACGCCUUCGGAGCAGGACUCCUGCAGGUCUUCGUAGACCGCACAUCCAAACAAGAGGAAGGAGCGGAGCUGGGCGAGGUCAUACCCGUCACACCUGCCCCUGAACACUCACCGCUCAUUGAGAUAAAAAGUGACGGACAGAGGGUCAACAACAAAAAUUCACACCGGGAUAAAGAAUCUGUCAUGUAAGCCAGUUGUGGACCUCACAUUUGACCUCGUUAAAACAUUACCAUGGAAUCUGCAAGCAGACACUCUGGACCUCUCGCUUUCUUUUGCUACAUCUAAAAAUGGUUUGAGAAGCGAGGAUGUACUUGAUGCAUCACAACAACUGUUAAAAGUUUUUUUAUUUUUAAUAUUGUAGCAUUUGGACAAGCUGUAUCAAAAUCCAUCUGUCAGUAUGAUUCAUAGAAAUAUGUGAAUGUAGAAGCUCAAUGAUUGCCUAAAAGGUAUGUUUCAAACUAUAGUAAUUUAUUGGAGGUCAAGUAGGAGUAUGUACCUAUUGAACCUCUGCUACAAUUUAAAUCUCCUCUACUUUGCUGUUGGUCACUGGCCCUGUAUGAGAUAAACGGUGAUUGUCAUCAAUUUUUAAUUGAUAUGAACAGAAAGGUUGAUGGCAAUUGAGCAUUGGGAGACUGCUUGUUUGUUUGCCAAACGUUUUCAUCUCGAACUGGUGCCGUGGAAAACUAUUCAAUGUUUUGUGUAUAUCGUAGGUAAUGCAAUACUGGAGGUCUGUGUGGACAUAGGCCAUAGUCAACGUCACGUUAAAAUCAAGUUUUAAAACGAGAAAAGAGUGUCUUAGCCUACUUACUGCUUACCCCAACAAGGAUAUUCAUUGAUAAUUGCAAGUCUCGUUCCCCAAACCAGAUGUCUGUCAUAGUACCAAGACAAACCAGUGAGUGGCAGCACGGUGCCACAGGGCAUCCAGAUCGAUAAAAAAAAUACAAAAAAGAAGCUAGGCUAAUUCUUAAAGCGAGCUUCAGGUCACUUUCUAAUUGGCGUUCGUUCUGUUUCAAUUGACAACUAAGGAUUCUGUGGCCCUACGAUCUUUGUGUUAACCACACACAGAAACAAUUGUAUUUUUAAAUUGACCAUUGUCUGCCCCACUCAAAACAUACCCCCACACCACAAGAAAAUCGCUCAGGGUAAUAUCUGUUAAUCAGACCCUUGCUGACAUUGAUCGGAAGGUAAAAAUGAUUACAUUUGGCCCGAUUAUCGGUAUGUGGGCACAAUGCUCAAAAUGAGUAAGAGUGAAUCAACAGCGAAUCACUGCGAUGUAUGAAUCAGUUUUGGUUUUGUGCCCUUACGUUUCCUCAUCGACAACAAAAGGGAACAAUAAGAAUAACUAACACUAUUUGUACAUGUGCUAAUGUACCAAAGCCAAAAAUGCAGAUUUUUUGUUUCUCCUUAAGAGCAAAAAUCCCAUUGACCCCAUAGGGGAGAUUUGCUUUGUUUAUUUUUGUAACCCAAAUGAAUGCAUUUGCUUUGUUUAUUGAGUUUUUUUUAGCCCAAAGAAAGCACAAAUGCUUGGCGAUCCAACAAGCAGUGUUGUAACUACCGGCACACGUCCGACAUGUACCGACUCACGCAUAUCCAAUGAGUGUGAAAGGCUAAACAGUAAGGUUUUUGUACGAUGUUAUCUUUAAUCACAUAUGCAGAGACUUGUCAUAUAUGUGUGUGUAUUAUGUUCUCUUGUCAAGGACCCAUGAGGUGCUUCCACUUGGUUCCAGGUCUUUGAUCGCUCCAUUUUGUGGUCUAAAAUACAAACAACUUUCUGUGGUUAUCUUUUAAAAUUGGAGAUGUCACGCUAAUAACCAAAUAAACUCCCAGAUUUCCAUC